GCCGCCGCUGGGUGGGAGCGCGCGGCCGCAAUGCGCAUGCACCGUGCGACGCGACGCGCUGUUGAUAAAAGCUCAGCGGGUGACUGAUGGGGUCAGUCAGCGCGGCGGGUCGCAGCGUGUCGGGCCGGAUCGACAGCAUACACUACAUAUACGCAGCGUGUGCUCAUCAUAACACGUCGAUAGGACCCGGUAACUUAGUGCUGCAUAGUUACUUAGUCACUAGCGACGACGGAACAAGUGAAGCGGUGCUUGUUAGGAACAAGUGGAUUACCAGGGCUCGGUUGGCAGUCUGCACAACUGAGAGGUCCCUAGUAAGAGGACCGAGGUUCAACUCGACCCAGCCGGAAGGACAGACUCGGUGGGCUACUGACCACCACUGACCAGCGGCCCAGGAAUCCGCCGUGACCGGUCACCAGCCACCGGCUCUCCAGCCGCCGUCCGGCUCCGACAGAGACGGGCACGAUGAUGGAGAGGGCGUCCGGCGCGCUACGCCGGCUAACGACGAGCGUGCGCGCACUGCCGCCCGGCGGCGUGGCCGCACUCGUCUCCGGCUUCUUUCUGCAGCUCUCGCUCGGCGGCCUCUUCACGUUCGGCAACCUGACCACCUACCUGACCUCGUACCUGCACGUGCAGCGCGGACAGGACAUCGGCUACGGCCGCACCGCCUGGGUGGGCACGUGCAUGGCGCUGGCCGAGGGCCUGGCGCUGCUGCCCGGCAGCGUGCUGUACCAGCGGCUGGGGCCGCGGCCGGUGGUGCUGUUCGGCUGUCUGGUCACCACGAGCAGCAUCGCGCUCACGGGCCUGGCCGUGGACGGCUCGUUCGGCUGGGUGCUGGUCACGUACGGCGUGCUGAACGGACUCGGCGUCGGCCUGGUGUAUGGCGUGCCGCUACUGGUCGGGUAUCGCUGGUUCCCGCACAACAAGGGCGUCGUCAGCGGCGUGGUGGUCGGCGGCUACGGCCUCGGCGGCAUCCUCUUCACCACGCUGCAGACCAGCUUCCUCAACCCGGACAACGUGGCGACCGACAGCGACGGCUUCUUCCACGACGAGGAGCUGCUGGAGCGCGUGCCGGACGUAUUCUACGUGCAGGCGGCCGUGGCGGCCGGCAUCCAGCUGCUCUGUCUCGCCGGGAUGCGGAACCCUCCGCUGGGCCGAGCCCGGAUAGUGACGUCGGAGCGCCGCGAGGCCAAACUCGAGCUGGCAGACGAGAUGGACCACGAUGUCGAGAAACACGCCGAACGGAACACGUCUGUCGUGAGUCUGGACGGCAGCACCCGCGGCUACACACUGAAAGAAGCGAUGAAAACGCUGGCGUUCUACCAGCUACUACUGGCGUACAUGCUGAACUGCUUUUCCGUGUCAAUCAUCAACUCUUUGUGGAAGGCCUUUGGGCAGGUGCACAUCAAGGACGACCACUUUCUGGAGCUGGUGGGCUCCGGCUCGUCCGUGUUCAACAUGCUGGGCCGCCUAGGCUGGGGCGUACUCUGCGACGGGUUCGGGUACGAGCCCACGAUGGUGGCGCUCUCGGGGCUUCUCUGUUCCCUCAUGUUCACGCUGGACGCAGCCGCACAGGUGGGGCGCGGCCUCUACCUGACCUGGAUCUGGGCCAUUUUCUUCUCGUUCUCGGGGACGUUUUCUCUGGUGGUGACGGGCACAGCGAACUCGUUUGGACAGAAGAGCACGGGUCAGAUUUACGGGGUGAUAUUUGUGUUCGGAGGCCUGCUGGGCCCGGUGGCCACCUCGCUCAUAGACUUCCUGCUGGAAGACUACGGGUACUCGCUAAUAUUUCUCAUCAGCGGCAUUGUGACGUUUGGAAGUUUAAUCGCCACGAUCACUUUUAGGCCUCCACCACGACUUUGACAAAUGUUUUCAGAGGUCAAUAGAUAUAUUCAAAUCUGAUCAAUUGUUCAUGACGCUAUUGAGAUAUGUUGCAUUGUAUUGAGUAAUGCACAAUGAAUGCUGUUUUCGCGUGAAAUAUACAAUGUCUUAAAA